AACGAGGACACUGCGGGGUGUGCGGCGGCCCAAGCGGUUUUAAACGGCUUAGAGCAGGCCCCUCGGUUCGGACCCGGCUGAGGCAUCUAUUUUUAUCUGGCCAGGAAUUACUCUUAAUUCUAAGGAGAAAUUGGAAGCACCAUGGGAGAUGACAGUGAGUGGCUAAAACUGCCGGUUGAUCAGAAAUGUGAACACAAGCUGUGGAAAGCAAGAUUAAGUGGGUAUGAAGAGGCCCUGAAGAUCUUCCAGAAAAUAAAGGAUGAAAAGAGCCCAGAAUGGUCCAAAUAUUUAGGAUUGAUCAAAAAAUUUGUGACUGACUCCAAUGCUGUGGUGCAAUUGAAAGGGUUAGAAGCUGCGCUUGUUUAUAUUGAAAAUGCACAUGUCGCAGGAAAAACAACAGGAGAAGUUGUAUCAGGCGUUGUAAGCAAAGUGUUCAACCAGCCUAAAGCCAAAGCCAAGGAGCUGGGCGUAGAGAUCUGUUUAAUGUACAUCGAGAUUGAAAAAGGAGAGGCUGUGCAAGAAGAGCUCCUCAAAGGUCUGGAUAACAAGAACCCCAAGAUCAUUGUGGCCUGCAUAGAGACGCUGAGGAAGGCCUUAAGUGAAUUUGGUUCAAAAAUCAUCUUGCUUAAGCCAAUUAUCAAAGUGUUGCCAAAACUCUUUGAGUCUCGAGAGAAGGCUGUUCGAGAUGAAGCCAAACUGAUCGCUGUGGAGAUUUACCGGUGGAUUAGGGAUGCUCUGAGACCCCCAUUACAAAAUAUAAAUUCUGUCCAGUUGAAAGAACUAGAAGAAGAAUGGGUCAAGUUGCCAACAGGUGCUCCUAGACCCACUCGAUUUCUGCGUUCCCAGCAAGAACUAGAAGCUAAACUGGAACAGCAGCAGUCUGCUGGUGGAGAUGCUGAGGGAGGUGGUGAUGAUGGUGAUGAAGUGCCACAGAUAGAUGCUUAUGAGCUUUUGGAAGCAGUAGAAAUCCUUUCCAAAUUACCCAAAGACUUUUAUGACAAAAUUGAAGCAAAAAAGUGGCAAGAGAGAAAAGAGGCUCUGGAGGCUGUAGAAAUACUCGUAAAAAACCCCAAACUGGAAGCAGGCGAUUAUGCGGAUUUAGUAAAAGCACUGAAGAAGGUUGUUGGAAAGGACACCAAUGUUAUGUUGGUGGCUUUGGCAGCAAAAUGCCUUACCGGCCUGGCUGUUGGGCUAAGGAAGAAAUUUGGACAAUAUGCAGGACAUGUUGUACCAACCAUUUUGGAGAAAUUCAAAGAGAAGAAGCCUCAAGUGGUACAGGCCCUUCAAGAGGCAAUAGAUGCCAUUUUUCUAACCACCACACUACAGAACAUCAGUGAAGAUGUUUUAGCAGUGAUGGAUAAUAAAAAUCCAACCAUCAAGCAGCAAACAUCCCUGUUCAUUGCAAGAAGCUUCCGCCACUGCACUGCCUCUACCUUGCCAAAGAGCCUACUGAAGCCCUUCUGCGCUGCUCUACUUAAGCACAUCAAUGAUUCUGCUCUUGAAGUGAGAGAUGCUGCAUUUGAAGCACUGGGCACUGCUUUGAAAGUGGUUGGUGAGAAAGCAGUAAACCCAUUCUUGGCUGAUGUGGACAAGCUCAAGCUUGAUAAGAUCAGAGAAUGUUCCGAGAAAGUAGAGCUGGUCCCUGGUAAGAAGGCUGGGCCGGCAGCUGAUAAGAAGGCGCUCAAGCCUGUGCCUGGGAGGACUGCUGCUGCUGGGGCUGCAGGAGAGAAGGACCCCAAGGAUACUGCAGCACCCAAGCCAGGGCCCUUAAAAAAGGCACCUGCUUCUAAGGCUGGUGGGCCACCUAAGAAGGGGAAGCCAGCUGCACCAGGAGGUGCAGGGAGCAGUGGAGCCAAGAACAAGAAAGGGUUGGAUACCAAAGAAAUUGUGGAGCCUGAGCUCUCGCUAGAAGUGUGUGAAGAACAGGCGUCUGCUGUCCUUCCCUCUACCUGUGUCCCGCUUCUAGACAGCAGUAACUGGAAGGAGCGACUGGCCUGUAUGGAAGAGUUUCAGAAGGCUGUGGAACUAAUGGACCGAACUGAAAUGCCAUGCCAGGCAUUAGUGAGGGUGCUGGCCAAGAAACCGGGGUGGAAAGAAACAAAUUUCCAGGUGAUGCAAAUGAAGCUUCACAUAGUUGCUCUGAUUGCCCAGAAGGGAAACUUUUCCAAAACAUCCGCUCAGAUUGUAUUAGACGGCCUUGUCGACAAGAUUGGAGAUGUGAAGUGUGGAAACAAUGCAAAAGAAGCUAUGACGGCCAUAGCUGAAGCCUGCGUGUUGCCAUGGACGGCCGAGCAGGUUAUGUCGAUGGCUUUCUCCCAGAAAAAUCCCAAGAAUCAAUCAGAAACACUGAAUUGGCUAGCAAAUGCAAUAAAAGAAUUUGGAUUUUCUGGGUUGAAUGUCAAAGCUUUCAUUAGCAAUGUGAAGACAGCUCUCGCUGCAACAAAUCCAGCUGUGAGGACUUCUGCUAUUACCCUGCUUGGUGUGAUGUAUCUGUACGUUGGUCCAUCUUUGCGAAUGUUCUUUGAAGAUGAGAAGCCUGCCCUCCUAUCCCAGAUCGAUGCAGAAUUUGAGAAGAUGCAGGGACAGAGCCCACCUGCUCCAACUCGAGGGAUUACCAAGCACAGCGCAAGUGCAGUGGAUGAAGGAGAGGAUGGUGACGAACCCGAGGAAGGGGGCAGUGAUGUUGUUGAUUUUUUGCCAAGGGCAGAGAUUAGUGAUAAAAUCACUUCAGACUUGGUAUCUAAGAUUGGUGACAAGAAUUGGAAGAUCAGGAAAGAAGGCCUAGAUGAAGUGGCAGGCAUCAUCAAUGAAGCAAAAUUUAUCCAGCCAAAUAUAGGUGAACUUCCCACUGCCUUGAAGGGUCGACUCAAUGAUUCAAAUAAAAUCUUGGUGCAGCAGACAUUGACUAUCCUCCAGCAGUUGGCAGUAGCCAUGGGCCCAAACAUCAAGCAACAUGUGAAGAACUUGGGCAUCCCUAUCAUCACAGUCCUUGGAGACAGCAAGAGCCAUGUUCGCGCUGCUGCUCUGGCGACAGUGAGUGCUUGGGCGGAGCAGACCGGCAUGAAGGAGUGGCUGGAGGGAGAGGAGCUUUCUGAGGAGCUCAAAAAGGAAAACCCUUUCUUGAGGCAAGAGCUUCUGGGGUGGCUGGCUGAGAAACUACCUACUCUUCGUUCCACCCCUACAGACCUUAUCCUUUGUGUUCCUCACCUCUACUCCUGUCUAGAGGACCGAAAUGGCGAUGUACGAAAGAAGGCCCAAGAUGCUUUGCCCUUCUUCAUGAUGCAUUUAGGGUAUGAGAAGAUGGCCAAGGCUACAGGGAAACUGAAGCCAACUUCUAAAGACCAGGUAUUGGCCAUGCUAGAGAAAGCCAAAGCCAAUAUGCCAGCCAAACCUGCACCUGUUAAACCAGCUUCCAAAGCAACGGGAGGGUCAGCUCCAGCCAAAUUCCAACCUUCAUCAGCACCUGUUGAAGAUUCUGUCUCCACUACUGUAGAAUCCAAACCUGAUUCUAAAAAGGCCAAAACUCUAGGAGUUUCCUCUAAAGCAAAGAACGCACAAGGGAAGAAAGUGCCAAGCAAAACAAGCGUAAAGGAGGAAGACGACAAAUCUGGUCCUAUUUUUAUUGUUGUUCCAAACGGAAAGGAGCAGAGAAUGAAAGACGAAAAAGGAUUGAAGGUGCUGAAAUGGAACUUCACCACUCCCCGGGAUGAGUACAUGGAGCAGCUCAAGAUGCAAAUGUCUAACUGUGUCGCUAAGUGGCUACAGGAUGAGAUGUUUCACUCAGAUUUCCAGCAUCAUAACAAAGCUCUAGCUGUCAUGGUUGAUCAUUUGGAGAGUGAAAAAGAAGGUGUCAUUGGUUGCCUGGAUCUUAUCUUAAAAUGGCUUACCCUGCGGUUUUUUGACACCAACACAAGCGUCCUAAUGAAAGCCCUGGAAUAUUUAAAGUUACUCUUCACCCUGCUAAGCGAGGAGGAGUACCAUCUCACUGAGAAUGAAGCCUCUUCCUUCAUCCCCUAUCUCAUCCUCAAGGUUGGAGAGCCAAAGGAUGUCAUUCGUAAAGACGUCCGUGCCAUCCUGAACCGGAUGUGCCUUGUCUACCCAGCCAGCAAGAUGUUCCCUUUCAUCAUGGAAGGAACGAAAUCCAAAAACUCUAAACAGAGAGCAGAGUGCCUAGAAGAGUUGGGGUGUCUGGUUGAGUCCUAUGGCAUGAACGUUUGCCAACCAACUCCAGGAAAAGCCUUAAAGGAGAUAGCUAUCCACAUAGGAGACCGAGACAACGCUGUACGCAAUGCUGCACUUAAUACCAUUGUAACGGUGUACAACGUACAUGGCGAUCAAGUGUUCAAGCUGAUAGGAAAUCUUUCUGAGAAGGAUAUGAGCAUGCUCGAGGAAAGGAUUAAGCGGUCAGCAAAGAGGCCUUCUGUGGCCCCAGUAAAACAGGUGGACGAGAAGCCACAGCGUACACAGAACACCAGCUCCAAUGCCAACGUGCUACGCAAGGGACCAGCUGAAGACAUGUCCUCCAAGCUCAAAAUUAUGUAUCGCACUUAUAGGAUCCAAGCCCGAAGCAUGGGUGGACAUCCUGAGGCAGCCCAGACGGUUCGCCGAGAAUUCCAGCUGGAUCUAGAUGAGAUUGAGAAUGACAAUGGGACAGUCCGAUGUGAGAUGCCCGAACUUGUCCAGCACAAACUAGAUGACAUUUUUGAACCGGUCCUAAUUCCUGAACCCAAGAUCCGGGCCGUUUCUCCACAUUUCGAUGACAUGCACAGUAAUACAGCAUCCACGAUCAAUUUUAUUAUCUCCCAAGUAGCGAGUGGUGACAUCAACACAAGCAUCCAAGCUCUGACGCAGAUUGAUGAGGUCCUGAGACAGGAAGACAAAGCCGAAGCUAUGUCGGGCCAUAUUGAUCAGUUUCUGAUAGCCACGUUCAUGCAGCUGAGACUCAUCUACAACACACACAUGGCAGAUGAGAAGUUGGAGAAGGAUGAGAUCAUCAAGUUGUAUAGCUGUAUCAUUGGCAAUAUGAUUUCGCUGUUUCAGAUAGAGAGCCUCGCCCGGGAGGCCUCCACGGGAGUGUUGAAGGAUCUGAUGCAUGGCCUCAUCACCUUAAUGCUGGACUCCAGAAUUGAAGAGCUAGAGGAAGGUCAACAGGUGAUCCGCUCUGUGAACCUCUUGGUGGUGAAGGUUCUGGAGAAAUCAGAUCAGACCAAUGUUCUGAGUGCCCUUCUGGUUUUGCUCCAAGACAGCCUGCUAGCAACGGCCACUUCUCCCAGGUUCUCAGAGCUUGUCAUGAAGUGUCUCUGGAGAAUGAUUCGCCUCUUGCCGGAUACCAUCAACAGCAUUAACCUGGACAGAAUUCUUCUGGAUAUACACAUCUUCAUGAAGGUCUUCCCCAAAGAGAAACUGAAGCAGUGCAAAAGUGAAUUACCCAUAAGGACCUUAAAGACCCUGCUGCAUACAUUAUGCAAAUUAAAAGGGCCCAAGAUCCUAGACCACCUCACAAUGAUUGACAACAAGAAUGAGUCUGAGCUGGAGGCCCACCUCUGCCGGAUGAUGAAACACAGUAUGGACCAGAGUGGGAGCAAGUCUGAGAAGGAAACCGAAAAGGGAGCAUCUCGAAUAGAUGAAAAAUCAUCGAAGGCCAAAGUGAACGAUUUCUUAGCCGAGAUUUUUAAGAAGAUUGGCUCCAAAGAGAACACUAAAGAGGGCCUGGCAGAGCUGUAUGAAUAUAAGAAGAAAUACUCGGAUGCUGACAUUGAACCGUUUCUAAAAAACUCCUCACAGUUCUUCCAGAACUAUGUGGAGAGAGGCCUUCGGAUGAUUGAGAUGGAGAGAGAGGGCAAAGGUCAUAUUCCCACUUCAACAGGCGUCUCCCCCCAAAUGGAAGUCACGUGUAUCCCCACUCCCACAAGCACAGUGCCCUCCCUAGGUAACACGAACGGAGAGGAGGUGGGGCCAUCUGUCUACCUGGAAAGGCUGAAAAUUCUGCGGCAGCGCUGUGGGCUGGACAACACGAAGCAAGAUGAGCGGCCUCCGCUGACCUCGUUGCUCUCGAAACCAGCAGUCCCGACCGUUGUCUCCUCCACUGACAUGCUGCACAGCAAACUCUCUCAGCUCCGGGAGUCCCGGGAGCAGCACCAGCACUCGGACCUGGAGUCGAACCAGACCCCCUCUUCAGGAUCCGUGACCACGUCAUCCUCCUCCACAGCCAACAUCGAUGACUUGAAAAAGAGACUGGAGAGAAUAAAGAGCAGCCGCAAGUGAAGCCGCCCUCUCCCCUGGCGCCACCCUUCAAGCUCACUAACCGCAAGUCCUCAUGGUUAGGCAGCCUCGGCAGGCCUCUCGGACCCCAGCAGGCCAUGUGUACCAUCCUGUGAGGGCGAGGAGUAGGCGGGGCACAGGUCUGUACAUACUCCGCUUCUCGCCAUCAGCAUCCUGCCUCGAUCGCCGAGACUGCCUGUGUAUUAGUGUAGGGUACAGACUGGUCAAUCGCUGCUCUCCUCUCCAUGCAGGUGAGCUGUCCACGCCUUUUCUUUGUUGUCUUUUUCAUUUCUCCUUUGUAAAGCUGUCCAACUCUUUCCUAGCUUUGAACUAUUAGGACUCUUUCAUGGUUUACCUUUGAGUCUGUGAGUUCUCUCCCUGUAACCCUGAAGGGUCACUGUAUUCUGUAUGAAUGCACGGCAUGAUACAACUAAUUUUAAGAGUCUUCUGUAAAUAAAGUUUGCAUUAACUGUA